CUCCUCUUCGCUUUCUAUCACCUGUUGGAAGGUCGCCUUGGGGGCUUUGCUGUCUUACACCCCAGACAGUCUCUCUGGAGAACCCUGAGACUGUCUAGAGGGGUCUCACCCGGAGAAAUCUAUGAUUAGUUCGGUGUGUGUGUCAUCCUACCGUGGGCGCAAGUCUGGGAACAAACCACCCUCUAAAACAUGUCUGAAAGAAGAGAUGGCCAAGGGGGAAGACUCUGGCAAGAUUACCAUCAAUGUGGGGGGCACCCGGCAUGAGACCUACAAGAGCACCCUGCGGACACUACCUGGCACCCGCUUGGCAUGGCUGGCAGACUCUGAGACUUGUAGCCAGUUGGAUAUUGACUCUCAACAGACCGAAUUCUUCUUUGAUAGACAUCCUGGUAUCUUCUCCUACGUCCUCAAUUACUAUCGCACUGGGAAGCUCCACUGCCCAGCAGAUAUAUGCGGACCUCUCUUUGAAGAGGAACUAGCAUUUUGGGGGAUAGAUGAGACAGAUGUGGAACCCUGCUGCUGGAUGACAUACCGUCAGCAUCGGGACGCAGAGGAGGCUCUGGACAUUUUCGAGAAUGUGGAACCAGAGGACAGGGAUGAAGAUAAAGAUUCCACUCCUGAGCUGCUAUGUAUUGAUGAGAGGCCGGACAGGUCCAAGGGCUGCUGGAAGCGAUGGCAACCUCGGUUUUGGGCGCUGUUUGAGGAUCCUUAUUCAUCAAGAGCUGCCCGGUUUGUGGCCUUUGCAUCCCUCUUCUUUAUUCUUGUGUCUAUUACCACUUUCUGUUUGGAAACUCAUGAAGCGUUUCUGUUGGAAAGGAAUGUGACAGAAAUAGUGACCGACGGGAACAUAACAGAGAUACUAGUGGUGACAGAAAUGGACACAGUGCCUGUUCUGAACUACAUUGAGGGGGUCUGUGUGUUCUGGUUCACCUUGGAGUUCUUGGUCAGGAUCAUUUGCUGCCCAGACAAAGCGGUCUUUGUGAAGAACAUGCUGAAUAUAAUCGACUUUGUGGCCAUACUCCCAUUUUACUUGGAGGUGUCUCUUAGCGGUUUGUCCUCCAAGGCAGCAAGGGAUGCUCUAGGCUUCUUACGGGUUGUGCGCUUUGUCCGGAUUUUGCGUAUCUUCAAAUUAACCAGACACUUUGUGGGGCUGAGGGUGUUGGGUCACACUCUACGGGCUAGUACCAAUGAGUUUCUGCUUCUCAUUAUAUUUUUGGCUUUAGGAGUUCUCAUUUUUGCCACCAUGAUUUACUAUGCAGAGAGAUUAGGUGCAGAAACAACGGACCCCAGUUUGACAAAACACAUACACUUCAAAAAUAUUCCAAUAGGGUUCUGGUGGGCGGUAGUGACCAUGACCACAUUGGGGUAUGGAGAUAUGUAUCCACAGACAUGGUCUGGUAUGCUGGUGGGUGCACUUUGUGCACUGGCUGGAGUGCUUACAAUUGCCAUGCCUGUUCCAGUCAUUGUGAAUAAUUUUGGGAUGUAUUAUUCAUUGGCUAUGGCCAAACAAAAACUCCCAAAGAAGAAAAAGAAACACGUUCCAAAAUCCACUCAGUUAGACUCUCCAACCACGCUUCAAUCGGAAGACAACUCACAUCACAACAGUACCCAAAGUGACACCUGCCCACUGGCUGCAGAAGAAAUGACAGAGAAGAAGAGAUCAGAUUCCAAACAGAAUGGCGAUGCCAAUGCAGUUGUGACGGAUGAAGAUCAAAGUGACUCACCCCAGUUUAUUCCACUAGAAGAAAAACAGUUAAUGAGACACACCAGUGCUAAAGACAAAAAUAAGUCAACAGCUUCCUGCUUUCUACUAAGUUCUGGAGACUUUACUCGUGCUGCAGAUGGUGGAAUACGUAAAAGUGUACGAGAUAUGGAGAUAGAGGUGGAUUCACAGAUUCUUUUGGGUUCUUCAUAAAAAUAGAUAAA